CACGACGGGAGAGGCGCGGAGCGGGCAGCGGCGGCGGGGAGGCGGCGGCGGCGGCGGGCAGCCAGGGCUGAGCCUCGCCGAGCCUUCCUCCUCCUCCUUCCUCUCCCUCCUCCUCUCCUCCUCCUCCUCUCCUUCCUUCGUCCUGGCCAUGAGAGGCACCGGCAGCGGCAGCCGUGCUCCCCCGGUCCCCCGCUCCGCCGCCCCGGCUGCGCCCCACUCGUCUCCCCGCAAGUGAGGAGCAUGAGGCGAGACCUCGCCGAGUGACGAGGCGCUGCUGCAUCUGCGAUGGAGCCUGGUGCCUGCAGGAUGCCUCUCCUGGCCUCCUCCAUCCACUCGCUGCAGCUAUGGCACUUCCUCCUCCUGGUCUCAGCUGUCCCUCCGCCCGCCGCCUGGUCCCUGCGCCCUCGCAGCCCCGUGGCCACCCGGCCUCUCUGCGCUCGUCGGAGUCCCUCUGCCCACCGGCCCAUUUGCAUCUGGGACAGGACCCCGCUGCCGGAGCGGGAUUUGCGCCUCACGGCGCCGCGCCAGCGGGCCCUGUCCCCCCGCGGUGGGGACCUGCGCCACGCCGUGCGGCUGAGACGCCAGGCAGCGGGGGCCCGGCCCGCCACCCCCUCUGGUUUCGAGGACGGCAUGCCCUCCUCCCAGUACCCCUGGGCCAUCGUGUGGGGCCCCACGGUGUCGGAUGAGGACGGAGGGGAUGCCAACUCAGCCAACCCGGGCUUCCCACCGCUGGGCUACACCUUCGUUUCACCACGGGGCAUGGCGACGGCGCAGCCCAACUCCCACUCGCUGCUGCACAACGCGGGGCUCAACCUCCGCGAGACCCCAGCCACCCUACGGCCGUUCCUGUUUGGGCCCCGGGGGGAAGGUGUGGACCCCCAGCUCUACGUCACGAUCACCAUCUCUAUCAUCAUUGUCCUGGUUGCCACCGGGAUCAUAUUCAAGUUCUGCUGGGACCGCAACCAGAAGCGCCGGCGCCACUCCGGGCAGCAGAGUGGUGGGAGGCAGCAGGAGAGCCAGCAGCCCCUCACGGACCUGUCCCCCACCACUGUCAGCAUCCUGGGGCCCUACGGCGACUCCCUGACCCCCACCCCCGAGGCGGAGGAACCCAGGCAUGGGCAGGAGGGUGCGGAGAAACUGGGGGGCCACGGGAAAAGCACUGCCUUCCAGCUCAACCGAAUCCCACUGGUGAACCUGUGAUGCACACGGGAGAAGCAGAGCUGGCUCCCCCACCCUCCUGUCACAACCGGGGAGCCCACACUUCUGCCGCCUCUGCUACCCCAGGAAAAAAAAAAAAAACAAUCUCCUUGUGCCACGGCCCGCUGCCACCAUUGUUAACUAACUCCACCGGGACGUGCCUGGGCAAACGGACGAGCCGGGCCUCGCUAGCGUCCUGCGGGGGGAAGGUUGGGGACCCCCCCAAGCAGGACAGGAGGAUGAGUGAGCAGGAUGGUGGGAGGGAAGGCAGCUGGCAGUGGUGUGAAAUCGUAGCCUGCCCUGCCCCUGUCCUCGCACACACGCACACGCACUCUUUGACCUCCGUGACUCUCCCACCAGUGCAUGCCUGACGUCGGGGGUAGGCGAGGUGGAAAGGUGUACCCCUGUCCCCGUGGGCCCGAGCCCCUCUGUGUGUCCCUUUCCAUGUUGUGUGCUUUGACGUGAACGUCUGGAGUUCAGUGGCUGCAGCGAUGCCUGCUGGGGUUCGGUCACCCCGAGCCAGGGCUCAGGUGAUGGCAGGUCCUUCUGUUCCCAAGGUCUUGGCCUUCCCGAGGGUCCCAGGAGUGGGUGAGUCUUGGGAAGAAGAGGCUUAUAUAGCACCUGACCCCCCUCAGCAACACAUUUCCUUGAAGGAAACAUUGCCCUGCCUUUAACAUUCAUAUCUUCCCAUCUCCUUUCUGCCUAACACUCCUGUUUUCUGUCUUCAGCUUGUAUCUUUCAUCUCUCAGUCCCCAAUGUUUCUAUUUUUUUUCUCUCCAUUCCUCCUCCCCUCCUUUCUUGCCAGUUAAGGUUGGAAGAAGUUCCUUUUGCUUUCCAAAUGUUUUGAUCUCUUGGAAGCCUCCUCGCUGUCCCUUUCCACCCCCUCAGUCUACUUCAUCAAGGUUUUAUCUCUACUCUAUGGAGGUGUUCUUUAGAAAAUCAUAGGUGAAGCCUUCUGCCCAUAACAUCAUUUAGCAAGGGUCCUGUCCAUUGAGAUACUGCCAAAGCAGCUAAAAGUGUCACAAGCAGAUAUAGCUGGGCACAAGGAGCAUGAGUUUGGCUGGGCUGGGGUAGGGAAUUGCUUUCGGACACUCCUGUCACAGGCAACAAGCAGCUGAGAUGACUCUGUUUGCCUAGGAUGGCAAAGAGCAAUUUAUAGAUGACCUCGGGAGCGUUUGGAGGGUUGCCAUGUACUGCUGGUAGGUUUCUCCUGCAAUGCCUCAUGAGACAACACUUGCCAAGGGCAUGAGAGAGGGGGGUAUCUAUGCUGCAACCAGGCAUGGGAGGCCGAUUUCCAUGACAGUCCAUUGACAAUGACAAUAGUUGCCCUCUCUUGGCUUUUGUGGACACCUUCAAAAAAAUUUACAAACCCACGCUGACAGCCACUGAACUGAAAUGAUGCUGAUUUAGGUAAGGUCACCCCUAUGGUAUACAAACACCUUCAGUUGCUGGGCUGAUUGUGUCCAGAGACGGGAAACUCACCCACAAUUUGAAGGCUCUAGUGCAUCAUACAAGGUCUUUGACAAAAAGUUUUCUGUCAUCUCAGAGAAUAGGAAAUCGCCUUCCACCCUUUAUCUCUGUAGUAAAAGCAUAUUCUUUAUAGAACAAAGCACAUGGAGUUUCCUACGAGGCCUGGUUCUGCCCAUUUACCCAGCUGAUCUGCUGGUGAUCUCAGGUCCCACCUGACUCACCGUGAAGGACAUUUAAAUGAGAGUGUAAAUUACAGUAAGCUUCGCAGAAAACAGUAGAGAUUUGGAGAAAAUGACAGGUCAAAUAAAAUUAUCGUCUUAUUAGAAGCACAGAAUGGCUGAAAGAUGUAGGUGGAAAAGGACUCUGGAGGUCUCCAGUCUAAGCACAGGUUCAGUCUCUGCUCACAGCAGGGGAUAUUAUUGCUUACUGUAAAUCAAUCUGUUACUGAGCCUUUUCCUUACUGAGGCCCCUCUCAAGGCUUUGGUGGACGUUCAAGCUGUGGAUGGACAAACAAGGGGGCAGAUGGCUGCUCCUGCCCACGGCCCCCCUCACCACCACCCCUGCCAGCUGAGGGCAGGUCAGGGGCUGUUCUCACUCACGCUGGCACAACCAGGGAUGGAGAUGGACAUCUGCACACAGUCUGCACAGGGCUGAAUUGGUUACUGCGGGCAGUUUACAACAUAACGCCUCAAACUGGUUUAAGUAAUCUUCCAGACUGGAUUAAUUAGAUUGCUUUUUGAUCUUGUUUGCGCUUGUUGAAAUGAGGCCAGAGUUUAGACGCUACCACUUCAAGGGCUGUCCUCGGACUUUCCCUUUGCACACGCUGUGUGGAGAGAAGGUCUGCAAGAAAGUGGCAGGGCACUGCAGGGGGUGUAGUGAAAACAUUUUCCAAUACUUGCUGCAGGGAAGCCCUGCGCUCUGCUGGCCAGGCCUUUGUAAACUCUGCAAACACAUCAGAUUUAAGUGUUGUUUCUGUUUGCUUGUUUGUUUGUUUUCCUUUAACGUGUCUCUGCUCUUGUUAAAAGUACCUCCAAGGAAUGAAACCUUUCAUGGAUGUUGUGGUAAGAGGGAAGAUGGGAAAUGCAGUAGAGAAAACUCUUACAAUGACAGAAGCUUCGAUAUGCUGAAUAUCUUUUCCAACACCAAUUUUUCUAGUCAAACAUUUUUAUGACGGUCGUUCCCUCUCUCACAUGAAACAGGUUAGAUAUGGGAAACAGCUUCAUCGUUCUGCCCAAACUUUCAUUGCUACUUUCUGUCCCUGGAGCAAAACAUUCAAAACAUGUUUGGCCACAUAAGCUUCUUCCAGUCAACAAAUAAUCUCACUGGAUCUGUUUUCUCCAUGGCGGGAGCCUUAUGAACCAUCUUUCCCUAUGCAGAAUGGAGCCUGCCUGGUCCAAGAUCGUAUUCUGUGACAUGCACACAUGGACUGGUUGACAGCACCAGGUACAAAGCCAGGGCAGAGGCCAGCACCUUCUCAGUCACAAGCUGCAGGUUUCCCCGUCUUCCAGCUGACUGGAGGAAAAAGAUCUGGGUUAAAUUUUUUCCAGUGGAAAUUUUACAGAGAGAAAGGUGUGUGGGGAAAACUACUGCAAAUGUUUGUAGGCUUGGGCUGAGCCUGUCCAACAUUGCUGGCCAAUUAGCAGAACACAUCUGGGUGGGCUGAGCAACUGUGUCUGUGCAAACUCCUCAAGGGACGUGGUUUUUUUGACAAAGGCUGGUCUCCCUGUGGGUGCAGUGGGAAGGAGGGAAGGCCUGGGGGACAAUCCCUCCCCUCCACCCUGCAUUGUGUUGGAGCAGGAACCUGAGUCUCUCUCUUUCCCUGUUUACCCAACAGUGACAUGACCACAAGGACAAAUCCUGUUUGGGCUUCCCAAUCUGGUUGGUCAUGAUGGGUAGGCAAGGGAACAGAGCUCAGACGUGUGCUUCCACACCUCUCCUCCAGUCCAGUUUACAGCGACACAUCCAGCCAAGAGUUCCAGGGCUUCAGAGAGGGCUAUCUACCUCUUCCUCUGUGGCACCUAAGUGCCCUUGUAAAUCUGGCCCUUUCACCCACCCACCCCUCCCCUCCUGCUAAGGAAAAAUGCUUGGAAAGGAGCUUUUUGUUCACUUCCCACACAUUCUCAAAUGAAAACAUGAUCACCUUUCGAUUGGUCUGACUUAAACUGUGGUUUUGGUUUUCACUCUGAAAAACACGCCUAUGGCACAGCCUUAGAGAUGAGUCCUGCAGCUCAAAAGCCCUGGGCCAAACUCCAGCUCCCUGACCAUGCCCCAGCUGAUGUCUCACUGUAGUCCUGGCCCUACCUUGUCAAGACAAUAGAGGGGAACCCCUUCUUUCACUGUCUGACAGCUCUCCAUCCCUUCUUCCUGUUGUUUUCCCACUCCUGCUCCCAUCUUGUACCAUGGUCUCCUCCUGGCUCUCUCCUCUCCUGCUGUUUCGCUCUCCUCACUCCUCUCUUGUUCUCUCUCUGCCAUUUGGUCUUGUUCUGCCGCAGCUCCCAUCCUUCCCUCCAUCCUCCCUCCUGCUUCCCGCUUGGUCUCGCUCCCCCCCUCCCCUGCCCUUGUGCGCUGUGAUAUAUAUUUUUGUAGGAUUUCUCUUCUCCUUGUGGUGAAAUAUUCAAUUCUUGUGGGAUGUUAGUUUCAACAUUUUUAAAUAAACCUUUGCAAAUACU